AUGCACAUGCACACACACACACAAGCAAGCACACCUAGCUCAAGCAUUCAAAGCAAUGGGCAAGAGGCAAAGGCAAAGGCAGGGCAGGGCAGGUGGGCAGGGCAGGGCAGGUGGGCAGGGGAGGGGCAGGGGCAGGGUGGGUGGGCAGGCAGGGCAGGGCGGGGCAAGGGGCAGGGUGGAGGGCAACACAAGGCACAGAGUCCAAGCUGGCACAUGGUAUCCAAGGUUACACAGGCACCACUGGGCACCAGCAUGGGCUACCGCUCAACUCAAAACACACGUGCACACGAGGCUUUGCUGCAAGCACACAGGCUGCACCUUUGA